AAAUUGAAUUAUUGACAUAUAUUUGUUUUAAAUUAUAUUAAAACAAUGGGGUGGGAUUUUACUUCUUUCCAGGGAUGACUUGUUGUUUGUUACAUUGCAGGAGAACGGACUAAAAAGAUUCAGUUGAGUUCGUUCACUGAUUCAUUCGCUUAAAAGCUUCAAAACACCGAUUCGUUCACGAAUGAACCUCACUAUACUAUAGUCAUGUGUGGCUUCAAGUAAACAGUGACACUUACCAAAGUCCAACUCUAGAUUUACUGAACCACUGCAGAAAAUGUUGGUAUAUCAAGGUGUUGAGCUGGAAACGCCUCCCUCAGGACUGGAGAAAGAGUUUCACACUUUAUUUAACUCUGAUGCUCUGCAAUUUCUGUCUGAACUCAUUUCUACCUUCCAACCAGAGGUUGACAAGGUUUUGAACUUGAGAGUCCAAAGGAAAGUUCAAUUGGAUCUUACUGGAGAGUUACCAGGUUUUCUGCAGGACACAGCUCACAUUCGAAAAGAUCCUAGCUGGAGAGUUAACCCAGUUCCAGACAGAUUACACUGCAGACAUGUGGACAUUGGUGACCUUUCACCAUGUAAUACACAACGCCUUAUUAUGGGACUCAAAUCUACUGCCCAAGGGUUACAGAUUGAUUUUGAUGAUGGCAACUGCCCAACAUAUCGCAAUCAAAUAAAGGGCAUUUAUAAUGUUUACCUGGCUGUGCACAACCAGUUUCAAGAUGUACCACCCAUUUCUCAGGCUCCAGUGCUGAUGCUCCGUCCUCGAGCAUGGAACAUGGUGGAGCACAACAUGAUGGUGAAUGGUCGAGAGGUUCCUGGUCCAUUGUUUGAUUUUGGUCUGCUGAUGUUUCAUAAUGCUAAACUCCUUCUUCAAAACCAGAGUGGCCCUUUUUUCUACUUGUCCAAGGUUGAGAGCUACAUGGAGGCCAGAUUGUGGAGUCAGAUUUUUUUCUGGACUGAGAAGAAGCUUGGCCUGCCAGCGGGCUGUAUAAAGGCUACCGUGCUGAUUGAGUGUGUCCUGGCAUCGUUCGAGAUGGAGGAGAUUUUGUACGAGCUCAAGGAGCACUCUGCUGGUCUCAACUGUGGCAUCUGGGAUUACUCAGCUUCAUUUGUCAACAAAUUCGGUCAUCGAGCUGAUUUCCUCCUCCCUGACCGCAGUAAGUAUGUAGAUAUGGAGAAGCGUUUCCUGCACAGCUACAUGGACCUUCUAGUGCAGACGUGUCACCGCAGGGGUGCCCUAGCAACAGGUGGCAUGGCAGCAUUGCUGUUGCCUAGAGACAAAGAGAGUGACCUCUACAAGACUGUACUCACUACUGUUACCAGACUUAAGUUACUGGAGAUCAAAGCAGGAGUUGAUGGGUUCAUGGUUUAUGACAUGGACCUGAUUGAGCCCAUGCAAAAACUGUUCCAGCUUCACUCUCACGGUCAGAACCAACUCCUGCAGCUGCGUGAAGACAUCAGUGUGACCCCUGAGGACUUGCUCAUCAUGCCUGCAGGAGGAGUAACAUUGUAUGGACUGAGGUAUAACAUCGCUGUAGGUGUCCUCUUCAUUGAAGCCUGGCUUUCAGGCAGAGGUCAUUUCUUCUAUCUGGGGAAGGUUGAGGAUUCAGCAACUGCAGAAAUAUCCAGAUCUCAGGUUUGGCAGUGGAUCCGGCACCAGGUGAGACUAGAGGAUGAUGGGAUGGUAGUGACACGAGGUCUAGUCAGCAGCUUGGCUGAAGAACUGAUUGGAGAUCUGAAGGCAGCCAUACAUUGCCAAACAAACAGAGACCAAGAGAGGUUGAUGACUGCUGUGUCCAUGUUUCUAGAGAUAGUGCAGAAGAAUGAUUUCCCAGAGUUCAUCACUACAUACCUUAACCUGGACCACACUUUCCUCAGCUCUCAGAGCCAACAUGAGAAUGGACCGACAGACGCGGUGCCCAAAGCCAGACUCUAAACGAGUCUAAGAUUACUUCCAUAUCACAAGCAUAAUAAUACAUCCAUGAAUAUGCUGUUGUAACAUUUGUAAACCACUAACUCUUCAUACCAAGAAUUUUUAGACAUUUAUUUAGAUGGGUCAAAAUGGUGUGUUAAAAAAAAAAAGGGUGUGAACAAAUUAUUUUCAUAUACCAAUAGCACAGUAGUUCUCAACCAGUUUUUGUGGUGCAAUGUGUAAAUUUUAGCAGUAUCUAGCGGUGAGGUUGUGAACUGCAACCAACGACACUCACCUCACCCAGAAGUUACGGUGGCCAAGACGAAGAUGUCAUCGUCUGAGACAGCAGAGAGUAGCUUGUGUGAAGCAAUGAGGUGUGAAACAAAAAACAGUCUCUGUUCUAAUAAACCAGACAAAUACUACUACUACUACGUGCGUAUUCAACAUAGUGACGGUGCAAGCUGCCUCUAAAACACAAACGAUUUAGAAGAACAACAUAGUGACUAAACGCGCUCUAUAGAGUGUUUGUCUGUUUAGAGCUGCUGUAGAAACACGUCAGCGCAAAAUGGCGACUUAACAUGUAUGGGGACCAGCAGUGUAUGUAGAUAGAAAUGGCUCAUUCUAUGGUAAUAAAAACAUAAUGGUUCAUUAUGUAAGGUCUUUAUACACCACUGAAAACUUAGUUAUGUAUAUUAUAUUGCAUUUCUGUCAAUAGAUCCUCCCAAAUUUUACACAUUGCACCUUUAAUUAUAUAAAACAAAACAAAUCAAUUAAAAAUCAAGAUGUGUCUAAUUGUAAUUCAGCCCAUCAACAACUACUGGAAUAUAUGACGAAGCCUAAUUUUAAAAGUGUGAAUUUUAGACCAUGGAAGUUAAAGGUGCUACAGAGGAUCUUUUCGUCGACUGAGAAACCAAAGACUGUUAGUGAGUUUUUGAAAUGAGCGCAUACGUAAGAACAACCCCCCC